AGGUGUAUACUUAGUUGUGCAAGUUAAGUGGCACAGCUGCAUUAACUUAAGCUUAUGAGUUUCCCUCUUUGUCCUCAACUUGACUUUUGAUCAUUUGCUCCCACAUCAAAUCUCUUGCACGCUACCCCUCUUCUUUACAUUAUUUUAUUAAAAUUUUCAUGCUUAUAAAUGAAGCAGCAAUACACAACAUCUCAACUUGCCUAGCAACCAUGGCUUCUUUGAGUCAAGCAACUGCGUUUGUGGCUAUGGUUAUACUCUUAGCAGCAGCGGCUGCACCGUCGUCGGCUGCCAUCACAUGCAGCGACGUGAUAAAGGACUUGAGGCCGUGCCUCAACUAUCUCAAGAGUGGGAGCGGGGCGCCGCCGACUCCCUGCUGUGACGGUGCGUCCAGCUUGGCGGCGGCGGCCACCACCACGGCCGACAAGCAGGCCGCCUGCAACUGCCUCAAGAAUGCCGCGAAGAGCAUCACUCUCAAGCCUGAGCUCGCCAAAGCUCUUCCCGCCAACUGUGGGAUCUCCAUGCCCUUUCAAAUCUCGCCUAACGUUGAUUGCUCCAAGAUCAGUUAAGAUCGAUGGGAAAUGGAUUGGUGAUGCAUGGGCGUAUAAUAAUGUUGAGUUGUUGGAGUUGGAAGUAAUUUAAUUGAUAUAUGAUGUUAGUAGUGUUAUAUGCGGAAUAAGGUGCAUUUUUUCUCUUCUCGGAGAGAAAUUGCAUCUCUUAUUUGUAUUUCUUAUUUGCAUAUCUUAUUGUAUUUCUCGUAUGUUCUUUUUCGGUUUUUCCAGGGACUUAAGAGUAAACUUGCAUAAGUAUUUAUAUUUA